AUGUCUCUGAACUCUACUGCCUUCUCCCACCCUCCCUACUUCCUACUCGUUGGCAUCCCUGGGCUGGAGGAGGAGCAGUUCUGGAUUGCCUUCCCCUUCUGCAUCAUGUAUGCCAUUGCUGUGCUGGGGAACAUCACCCUUCUCCUCAUUAUAAAGGCAGAGCCGAGCCUGCAUGAGCCCAUGUACCUCUUCCUGGCCAUGCUGGCCUUCACUGACCUGGUCCUAUCAACAUCCAUGAUACCAAAAAUGCUUGCCAUCUUCUGGCUGGGCUCCUGGGAGAUUGGGUUUCUCGCCUGCCUUGCUCAGUUGUUCUUCAUCCAUACCUUCUCAUCGGUGGAGUCAGGUGUGCUCAUGGCCAUGGCCUUGGAUCGCUACAUUGCUAUUUGCUACCCGCUGCAGCACUCCAGCAUCCUCUCUGUGCAGGUGGUUGUGGCCCUUGGGAGCCUGGUGCUGGUGCGCGGGGUCCUCCUUGUGAGUCCCUUCUGCUUCCUCCUCUGCAGGAUGCCCUUCUGCCAGCAUCAUGUCAUCUCGCACUCCUACUGUGAGCACAUGGCCGUGGUGAAGCUGGCAUGUGGGGACACCAAAGUCAAUGUCAUUUAUGGCCUUUUCGUGGCUUUCGUAGUGACAGGAUUUGACAUAAUCCUGAUCUCUCUGUCCUACACCAUGAUCCUGCGGGUGGUAAUGAGGCUGUCAUCCACAGAGGCACGACUUAAAGCCUUCAGCACUUGUGCAUCCCAUGUCUGUGUCAUCCUUGCCUUUUAUGUCCCCGGCCUCUUCACGUUCCUCACCCACCGGUUUGGGCAGAGCAUCCCUCCCCACAUCCAUAUAAUGGUGGCCAAUCUCUACCUGCUAGUGCCCCCCAUGUUAAACCCCAUUGUUUAUGGGGUGAGAACCAAGAAGCUCUGGGACAGGGUGGUCCUCCUCUUCCAACAAAGGCGAAGAUGCUGCACUAGGAAAAUUAUCAACAUUUCUAGCUUCCUUAGACCUUCUACCUUCCUUCUAACAGGAAUCCCAUGAAUGGAAAGUGGGAACUUGUGCCUUGCUGUCCCUUUCUGCUGCAUGUACGUUAUUUCCAUCCUGGGAAAUAGUGCAAUCCUCUUUGUCAUCAAAGCAGAGCACAGCUUCCAUGAGCCCAUGUACCUCUUUCUGUGCAUGCUGGCUAUCACAGAGCUUGGUGUGUCUCUGUCUAUGCUCCCCACAGUGUUGAGCGUCUUCUCUGAUUCACUGGAGAUCAGGUUUGAUGCCUGCCUUGCCUAGAUGUUCUUCAUUCACUGCUUCUCCAUCCUGGACUCUGGGGUGCUGUGGGCCAUGGCCUUCAGCCGCUUUAUGGCCAUCUACAGUCCCUUGCAGUAUUCAUCCAUCCUGACCACCCCCAGGGUAGGUGUCAUCAGGCUAGGGCUCACAGUGAGGAGCAUUAUCCUCUUGCUCCCCUUGCUGAUCCUUCUGAAGAAGCUGUCGUUCUGCAGGUCCCACAUGCUGGCUCACUCAUUCUGUUUGCACCCCAACUUACUCCAGCUGCCCUGUGCAGAUAUCAAGGUGAAUAGCAUGUUUGUUGUCCUGGCCACCUUUGGCCUAGACUUGCUGUCUAUCAUCCUGUCCUAUGUCAUGAUCAUUAAGACUAUGUGGAGUAUCACAUCCAAGGGAGAACAUCUCAAGGCCCUGAACACCUGUGUCUGUCAUAUCUGUGCUGUUUUGAUUUAUUAUAUCCCAAUGAUCGGCAUAUCCGUGGUGUACAGGUCUGGGAAACCUGCGUCUCCUCUGAUUCAUGUCCUCAUGGCCAAUAUUUACCUCCUUGUACCCCCUGUGUUAAACCCCAUUAUUUACAGUGUAAAAACUAAACAGAUCCACAGAGGGAUACACAAACUUCUCACUCCAAGAAGGUGCUGA